GGUUAAAUUCCCCUGUGGUGUGCCCCAUUGACUCACCUGGGUUCGCGACCCACAUCCUGUCAGAGUCUGUGGACAGUAAACAACGUUCUCCAGAUUUAACUGCCUCCCCUUGUGUGUGUUGUGUUGUUUUGUUGCAUUCCUUUAAACUUAAAUAAUCUUUUAAAACAAGGUUGUGUUUCGGAGUGUAUUUUCUACUUUUACAUUAAUACUUGAAUUGAAAAAUGGCAAGUAAAGUGGCCCCUGAACUGUUGAAAGAUGUGCGAGCAGAACAUCAACUUACCCACGUAAAAACAGAGGAAAAGAACCCUCUGCCCUCCGCUGAAGACUUGCAGCAGGAGAAAUGUCAUGAAGAACUUCUUCAGCACGUGGAGACAUUUGACUCGCUUCAGCUUCACCGGACUCGCACCAGGGAGCGAGUCAUGCUCCCGGACUCGAGUAUGCUUCUAGAAGAAAAAAAUCGAGAACGACAUCUGAAUAGCAUUAGUGAGUUUCUCAAAAGUGAACUUCGACCCACGGAACCACUGGAAAAAGUAGUCCUUCCAGAUACCAGCACUAUUGCUCAGGAGAAGACAGAGGAGGAACUCAAGAGUGGGAUAGAACAGUUUGACAAGGACAAAUUGAAGCACCAGGAAACUGAGGAGAAAAACCCUCUUCCUGAUCAAAAAGCCAUAGCAAUCGAAAAAAGAGAAAAAGAAGUAAAAGAGGGAAUUGAGAACUUCCCAAAGUCCAGGUUACGCAGAGCGAACACAGAGGAGAAAAUCUCCCUACCCAGCCCUGAAGUCAUCCAGCAGGAGAAGAGAGAAGUAAACAUUAGGAAAUCUCUGACGGAGUUUGAAAAAGGCAACCUAAAGCACGUACAAACAGAGGAGAAAAACCCGCUACCCGAUGCCACAGUUAUCGGCCAAGAAAAGAGGGAAAAAGAGUUUCGCUUGUCGAUCACUGAGUUUGACAAAGCUCAGCUAGCUCCCAUCGAAACUCAAGAAAAAAAUCCACUACCUCCAGUCGAAGUUAUUGGACAGGAAAAGCAAGAAGUAGAACUCCGAUCUGAAAUAUCAGAGUUUGACAAAUCCCAGCUCUCACAUACAGAAACAAAAGAGAAAAAUCCCCUCCCCCCUCCAGAAGCAAUUGAAAUGGAGAAGAAAUUAGAAGAGCAUAAAAAAGGCAUUGAAAAUUUCAAGAAGGAUGAUUUAAAGCAUGCAGAGACUGAGGUUAGAGCAAGGUUACCAUCCAAAGAAGAUAUUGCACUAGAGAAAGCAUCAGGUGACAAGUAAAGAAGAUCCCAGAGGGAGGCCAUGGCUUUGCUGCGUAGAACAGGAAAUUGCACGUAGCUUAUCACUAGUGAUCACAUGACCAACUCUGUUUACGACUGUGAAUAACUGAUGAAUGCAUGAAGUAUUGUAGGUUUGAAAAUGAUAUAACUUUUAUAAAAUAUUACAAGUGUUAAUAUGAUAUUGAUAUUUUUUUUGUUUAAAAAUCUUUUCAUUGUUAACUAUCAAUGUGCUUCUACUGUUACAGUUUUGUUUUUUCUCCAGAAAUUUCUAAUUUGUGAGAAGUUGUAAGAAUUGAUGUGACCUGUAUGAAAGCUUAGAUCUGGUUCUGUGCCUUGGAUUUUAUCUCUAAAUUAGACUGUAUUUAACAAGGAGUAGGAAAGAUAACUCUGUAUAUACAGAUAUUGACAUAAUCAACCAGAAUCUCUCAAACUUGACUCUAGAACAAGUACAAAUACAUUCGUCCAAACAAAUUAUAAUGUUACAUAGUUAUUCAGGGGAAAUCUUAACUGAUGGUCUCUGAAAUGUGAAAUAUUGAUAAAUGUUUAAGUAUUUUUGAACCUUUAUUAUUUCAACUACUCAAUGUUUUAACACAGAAGUGCAAUUUUAGGUGAAGAUAUUUUGAGUUGUGCAAUGAUCUAAAUCUGAAUUGCAGCUUGUGAAAUGUUUAGCUAGAAUUACAGUCUGUAGAAAGCCCAGUAUAUGUAGUGCUGUUAAUUAUGUCCUGUAAAUUUUCAAUCACUCGUCUUCCGUAUCUGUAUAACCAUGUUUCUAGUUACAGUCUUUGCAUUAGAAUUGUCUAGUCAGAUUAUAAUACACAGCAAUACAUUGUCUUGGUGACAGGAAUCAGCCUCACAUUGUCACAGUGUAGCAGCAAAUGUUGAAUGUUCUCUGGUUAAAUAUUUUUGUUGGAGUUAUUAGUUACAUUUUUAAUGUUGAGUUCCAUGCAGUUGCCUGUUUUUGUUUUCUCUCUCAGUUAAAUGUUUUGCUCAAAUCAUUUGAAGCCAAGUUUUUGCCUCAUUGGCAAGGGGAGGUCACUCUACUGAAAUUCUGUGAAAUUUUCAGCACUAGCUUUCUGUACUUUUCGUUUCUGUAACCAAUUAACCAUAUACUACACAAAUAUCUGUGUAUCUGCUAAUUCACAUUUAAAUCGCUAGGACAACUUGUGACUGUUUUCAAGUACUGUCAAAGCAUAUUAUAUUUUUUUGCUAAUAAAAAAUAAAUUUAUA